GAAGUUGCGCUGGGGGUUGCGGGCUGCCAGGCGCUCAGUCUGCCGCCGAGAGGGCACUGGGGAGGAGGAGGAGGAGGAAGAGGAGGAGGAGGAGGAGCGCUCCGGGUGGCGCCGCGGCGAAUGGAGGGCGGCUGCGGGCGACGGAGAGGCUGAGGAGGUGGCAGAGCGGCGAGGACGCGCGGAUGGGUGUCCCGGCACGGUGCGUGCGGAAAAGUUUGGUGAUCCGCUAAGGUACCGGUACGCGGCUCCUUGCACAGGGACCAGAUGUGCGCGGGGGUUAAGGCGCCGAAGGAAGCUUUGAGAUAAUUGCUCUUUACUUCGGUCGGAGGGAUGAACCGCAAAAACUUAGAGAUGCAGCGCAGCGGCAGUAAGAUGCACUUUGUGUUCGUUUUUGCACUGGUGGCGAUGUCUUUCGAUAAGGCUGCGCUGGGCAAGAAUUUGAAAUACAGGAUUUACGAGGAGCAGAGAGUGGGAUCGGUAAUCGCAAGGCUAUCGGAGGAUGUAGCGGAUGUUUUAUUAAAAAUCCCGAACCCUUCCUCGGUUCGCUUUCGAGCCAUGCAGAGGGGGAACUCUCCCUUGCUUGUAGUCCGUGAGGAUAACGGAGAAAUCAGCAUAGGAGCUAAAAUUGACCGGGAACAACUCUGCCAGAAAAACUUAAACUGCUCCAUAGAGUUUGAUGUGAUCACUCUGCCCACUGAACAUCUGCAGCUUUUCCAUGUGGAAGUUGAAGUGCUGGAUAUUAACGACAACUCCCCGCAGUUUUCCCGGGCUCUCAUCCCGAUUGAGAUAUCCGAGAGUGCAGCUGUAGGAACCCGGAUCCCUCUGGACAGCGCUUUUGACCCAGAUGUGGGGGACAACUCCCUUCACACUUACUCCCUUUCUGCAAAUGAUUUUUUUAGUAUUGAAGUGAGGACAAGGACUGACGGCGCUAAGUAUGCAGAGCUCAUCGUGGUCAGAGAACUGGACAGGGAGUUGAAGUCAAGUUACGAACUCCAGCUCACUGCUUCAGAUAAGGGGGUGCCACAGAGGUCUGGCUCGUCCAUCCUGAAAAUAAGCAUUUCUGAUUCCAACGACAACAGUCCUGUUUUUGAACAGCAGUCGUAUAUAAUUCAACUCUUGGAAAACUCACCGAUUGGGACUUUGCUCAUAGACCUCAACGCUACUGAUCCAGAUGAGGGCGCUAAUGGUAAAGUCGUGUACUCUUUUAGCAGUCAUGUGUCUUCCAAAAUUACAGAGACUUUUAGGAUAGAUUCAGAAAAGGGACAUCUGACCCUCCUGAAGCAAGUGGACUAUGAAAUAACCAAAUCCUAUGAAAUUGAUGCUCAGGCUCAAGAUAUGGGGCCAAAUUCCAUUCCAGCUCACUGCAAAAUUAUAAUUAAAAUUGUGGAUGUGAAUGACAACAGACCUGAGAUUAACUUAAACUUGAUGUCCCCAGAGAAGGAAGAGACAGCCUACAUUUCCGAAGGGUCACCCCUGGACACUUUCGUUGCCCUAGUCAGAGUGCAAGACAAGGACUCUGGCGUGAAUGGAGAGAUAGUUUGCAAGCUCCAUGGACACGGCCACUUUAAACUUCAAAAGACUUAUGAAAAUAACUAUUUAAUCUUGACUAAUGCGAGUCUAGAUAGGGAAAAGAGAUCUGAAUACAGCUUGACUGUAAUAGCAGAGGACAAGGGAACACCGAGUCUCUCCACGGUAAAACACUUUACUGUCCAAAUCAGUGAUGAAAAUGACAACCCACCCCGCUUCCAGACAAACAGAUAUGAAGUUGUUAUCUUAGAAAAUAACUCUCCGGGAGCAUACAUCACAUCUGUGACAGCCACAGACCCAGACCUAGGGGACAACGGGCAGGUGACCUACACGAUUUUGGAGAGCUAUAUUUUGGGAAGUUCUAUAACCACCUACGUGACCAUAGAUCCUUCCAAUGGGGCAAUCUAUGCCCUGAGAACUUUUGACCAUGAAGAAGUAAAUCAAAUUGCAUUUAUGGUUCAAGCUAGGGAUGGAGGGAGCCAGCAGCUUGUUAGUAAUACCACAGUUGUACUAACCAUCAUUGACGAAAAUGAUAAUGCUCCUGUUAUUGUGGGUCCAGCACUACGCAACAGCACAGCAGAAAUCUCAAUCCCUAAAGAUGCUGGAAUUGGCUUUCUUGUCACCAGGAUAAGGGCUACAGAUAGAGACUCUGGUAUGAACUCUGAACUCAGCUGCUUCAUAGCAGCCGACAAGGAAAACAGCAUCUUCGUGAUGGAUCCCAAAACUUGUGACAUCUCCAUCAAUGUGAGUGUCGAGUCAGUUCCAGCAAAACAAUGGGAGUUUUUUGUGAUAGUCCAGGAUAAAGGCAGUCCUCAGCUUAGUACUAAAGCACUUCUGAAAUGUACAGUUUUUGAGUAUGUUUAUUCUUUUUCAAGUACAGAAGCUACUCUGGUAAGCCAGCCUUCUCUGGAUGUCUCGAUGAUAACAAUUAUAUCCUUAGGAUCAAUAUGUGCCGUGUUGUUGGUCAUUAUGGUUAUCUUUGCCACGAGAUGUAAUCGAGAGAAAAAGGACACCAGGUCCUACAACUGUCGCGUGGCAGAAUCAACCUACCAGCACCACCCAAAGCGACCCUCACGACAGAUCCACAAAGGGGACAUUACGUUAGUGCCAACAGUCAACGGCACUUUACCCAUCAGAUCUCACCACAGAGCCUCUCCAUCAUCAUCUCCGACCCUGGAAAGGGGACAAAUGAGCAGCCGGCAGAGCCACCACAGCCACCAAUCGCUGAACAGCCUGGUGACAAUCUCCUCUAACCACGUGCCUGAAAACUUCUCGCUGGAACUCACCCAUGCUACUCCAGCUGUUGAGGUUUCUCAACUUCUUUCGAUGCUUCACCAAGGCCAGUAUCAACCAAGGCCAAGUUUUCGAGGAAACAAGUAUUCCAGAAGCUACAGAUAUGCCCUACAAGAUAUGGAUAAAUUCAGCUUGAAAGACAGUGGCCGUGGUGAUAGUGAAGCUGGAGACAGCGAUUAUGAUUUGGGUAGAGAGUCUCCAAUUGACAGACUUCUUGGGGAAGGAUUCAGUGACCUUUUCCUUACAGAUGGGAGAAUUCCUGCAGCAAUGCGGCUGUGCACAGAGGAAUGCAGGGUUCUGGGCCACUCAGACCAGUGCUGGAUGCCACCACUGCCCUCUCCCUCGACUGAUUACAGAAGUAACAUGUUCAUCCCUGGGGAGGAGUUUCAGUCACCGCAGCAGCACCUGCAGCAGCAGCAGCAGCAGCAGCAUCAGGGCCUUGAGGAAGAUCCGCAGCCUGCUGACACAAGUGAAAAGAAGAAGAGCUUUUCAACGUUUGGCAAAGACUGUCAGGGUGAGGAGGAAUUGGGGGACACCUGCACCUCCUCUCUCCUCUCUGAAAUGAGCAGUGUCUUCCAGCGCCUGCUGCCUCCCUCACUAGAUGCCUACACAGAGUGCAGUGAGAUGGAUCGCUCGAAUUCGUUGGAGCGCAGGAAGGGACAUUUGCCAGCCAAAACUCUAAAUUAUCCACAGGGGGUGGCUGCCUGGGCAGCCAGCACACAUUUCCAAAAUCCUGCCAACAAUGGGCCCACUCUGGGGACUCACUCAAGUGCGCAGCCUUCCUCUAAAUGGCUGCCAGCCAUGGAGGAAAUCCCAGAGAAUUACGAAGAAGAUGAUUUUGACAAUGUGCUCAACCACCUUAGUGAUGGCAAACACGAACUCAUGGAUGCCAGCGAGCUGGUGGCAGAAAUCAACAAGCUGCUGCAAGAUGUCCGGCAGAACUAAGUGUUUCAAAAGCCUAUUUUUCCAUAUUUAUGGAAAACUGGAAGGAAAAAAAAAGAACAAAAACCAGACUGAUGAGAACUGGCAUUGCCAAUUAGUUGCAUUUAUCAUAAAUGUGUCUGUGUAUGUUGAAUAUUAAAAUACUGUAUUUUCAUAUGUACACAAUGCAAGUGUGAUUAUCUUUAUCUGUAUUUUAAAAAUACAUUUGUACCUUAUAUUUAUGUGUAAUUUAACAAAUAAAUUUUAUUUUUGUACACCCACAGCAAGCAUGUUUUCCUAAAUGUAUAUAGAUGGUACCAUCCUUGUCAAACAUCCGGCAUUCUUGCCACACAGGCAUGUAGUUUAAAAAAAAAAAAAAAAGAAGAUACUGCUUUCGGUUAUUUCUUUUAAGUCUCAAAUGUUACGAAUACAAAUCGAAACCACUGAAACAUUAUCCAAACAUUAGUUUCAAUAACUGAUCCAACACCUUGUUGCAAUGUUUCAUUCUUGUAAUAAAGAGUUGUCAACUCC